CGGUUUUCGCUCAGUCUCUCACUGGCAUUCCUCGUGAGUAGAUGUGUUUAUUGUGUUUUUCAAGUGAAUUUUAAUUUUUUUCCAUCCUAAUUUGUGAUCAAUUAGUUGUUUUAUGCACCUAUAAUAUUUACCACACGCCCAGCUAAAGACGUGAUUGCAGAGCAAAAGCGGAAAGAUGACCUCGAAUAUUGUGGAGUUCUAUCGCGGGAAGAAUCUAUUUAUUACGGGUGGCACUGGAUUCUUGGGAAUAGCAUUGAUUGAGAAACUUUUGCGAUCAUGUCCAGAUGUAGGACAAAUUUAUCUGCUCAUGAGAUCGAAGAAGGGGAAGACCAUUGAACAGCGUCUUGAAGAAUUGUGCAAGAAUACCAUCUUUGAGACACUCUUGGAGAAGAGUAGUCCAGAUAUAUUCAAAAAACUCAUUCCUGUAACUGGAGAUGUUGGUGAUGAAGAUCUUGGUCUAUCACCAGCUGAUCGUCAGCGUUUGGUUGAUAAUGUGAAUGUUGUAUUUCAUUCAGCGGCAACGCUCGAUUUUCAAGCAUCUCUCAAGCCCACUGUCAACAUCAACUUACUUGGGACGAGACGCGUGAUGGAAUUGUGUCAACAAAUUAGGAAUAUGAAGGCAAUGGUGCAUGUAUCGAGUGCAUACGUUAACUCAUUUCUGCUGGAGACCCAUGAGCAACUGUAUCCAGCUCCUGAGAUUGCUGAAAAGGUGAUUGACUUGGCACAGACACUAUCUGAUGAAGCUGUUGAUGAAUUAACACCCGGACUUCUCAAAGAUCACCCAAAUACAUACACAUUUACCAAGCACUUGGCUGAGCAUGAGGUUAAUAACUGUGCUAAGAGAUUCCCCUGUGGAAUUGUCAGGCCCAGCAUGAUAACAGCAGCCUGGAAGGAACCAGUACCAGGUUGGACAAAUUCCAAGAAUGGCCCUCAGGGAUUUCUCAUGGGAGCAUCCAAGGGAGUAAUUCGACGUUUGCCGGUGGGAUUGGAUUUGGUAUAUGACUACAUUCCUGUGGAUGUGGUGGUCAAUCAGCUGAUUGUAGUGGCUGAGCAGAUUUCGAGGAAGGGACCUGGGGAGACGGCUAUCUUCCACUGCACUUCCAGCACUUACAAUCCUUUCAGGUGGGCUUCUGUCUCAAAGAAGGUCAAUGGAUAUCUCCACAAAUACCCUCUGAAAUCUGCUGUUUGGUAUCCGCAUCUGAGAUUUGUCCAGAGUCUUCUACUCUUCAAGGUAUCAGCGAUUUUCAUUCACUUUCUCCCAGCCUACAUUCUCGAUGGAAUCACCAAAAUUGCCGGAGGAAGACCAAUUCUCGUUCGUCUUCACACAAACGUCUGGGAAUCUUUGAAGCGUCUGGAAAAGUUCAUUUUCACUGAAUGGAAAUUCCAUAACACUCGAACGCUGGAAUUAAGUAAAUCUCUGUCACCGGUGGACAAACAACUAUUCAACAUUGAUAUUAUAACACUGGUUUGGGAGGAUUAUUUUGUGCACCUCACGCAAGGAGUACGUCGGUAUCUCAACAAUGAACAACCUAAAUCUCUGCCUCAGGCAAGGAAGAAGGACACAGUUCUGCUUUUCAUUCAUUUGGGACUUCAACUUCUAAUUCACUGUGGAGUCUGGUGGUUUGUGGCAUCACUUCUGGGACUUCCAAUGAGCAAGUGUCCCUUCAUCGUGCCACUAUCAUACGUUUUAAUGGGAUUCCUGUAGAAGUUCUGGAGCAACUAACUUCUGGAAGAAUAAUUCUUGGGUAUCUGAGUCUCUUCUUAUCUCGAUAUAUUUGUAUUCCACGUCGCUUUCCAUUUCUUACAGUUUUUAAUUUCAUUAAUAUUUUCUCAUAUAUUUUGUAUACGUCAAUAAAACAUCCUCUUUGGUGUUGUGGAAGAAAA